UCUCUCUCUAGCCUCUGCUUCGCUGUUAACAAAUCCGAUUCCUCUGUCCCUUUGCCCCUCCUCGCUUACUCCUACCUUAUAACUCACCCUCCUCUCCUCCCUCUCUUCUCUAAUUUUGCAACUCAAAUCUCCCUCGCUCUCUCUCUUCUUCAGGGGAUUCUACCGUUCCUAAUUGCAACAAAAUGAACAAGAUGGUGGUUCAACACAACGCGCUUUCAGUUCAUGACGACAUGCUCAACGCCUCCGCCGUCGACCCUCAUCAACGACUGGUUUGCCCAAAACCCCGCCGUCUCGCUCCCAUCAACGUCCGCCCUUUUCAAUCAGAUGCUUUGGAGCUCCUCUUCUUAAAGGGCGGUUGUGGAUUGGACAGUUUUAAUAGUAGUGGUACAGAAUUAGCCUCGUCGCCGCCGUUUUUUUGUGGGUCGCCGCCGAGCAGAGUAGCUAACCCAUUAAUCCAAGACGAUCGAUUUGGGGAUGAGAAGCCGAAGGUGUUCCCCCUCUUCUCGCCAGCGCCUCCUUCUCCGUCGUCUCCUCCGCCAUCAACCGGUCGGACAGGCGGAUGUGUUCGGGUUAAUUUUGGAAACAACCCGGCGGUGAGAAUUGAGGGGUUUGAAUGCCGGCUCGAUAGGGAGAGGCGGAACCGCAGCGUCGCAGCUCUGGCUUAGAAACGCGAUCCAAGUGGAGCGGAGCCCGAUUGAACAAUGACGAUGACCAACAAACCACAAACAAAUGGAUUUUAUUUUUAUUUAUUUUAUUUUCCAAAUAUUUAAAAUUUAAAA